GCAACAAGCACACUCGCAGCUACAUACACGCUCAAGUUGGCCGCCCAUCCCCUUCCUCCUGUCGCCCCCGCAUCCGCCCUUGGUCCUCACGACUUUGCUCGCGCAAUCAUGUCUACCGCCGCCCGCCGCCGCUUGAUGCGCGACUUCAAGCGCAUGCAGACGGACCCCCCAGCUGGUGUAUCAGCCUCUCCCGUUGCUGACAAUGUCAUGACCUGGAAUGCAGUCAUAAUAGGCCCAGCCGAUACGCCCUUUGAAGAUGGGACGUUCCGCCUUGUGAUGCACUUUGAAGAAGCGUACCCCAACAAGCCGCCGGGCGUCAAGUUCAUUAGCCAAAUGUUCCAUCCCAACGUAUACGGCACGGGAGAGCUGUGCUUGGAUAUCCUGCAGAACCGAUGGUCGCCCACGUACGAUGUCGCCGCCAUCCUGACGAGCAUUCAAAGUCUGCUCAACGACCCCAACACAUCGUCGCCCGCCAACGUCGAAGCGUCGAAUCUCUACAAGGAGAACCGCAAGGAAUACACCAAGCGCGUCCGCGAGACGGUGGAGAAGAGCUGGGAAGACUAGGCUGGCAGCUUGAGAGACGAAUUUUGACGACAUGAUGGCAUCGUAUGGAGUUAUGAAUUUACAAGGGCUAUGGUACAUGUAUUAGACUGGCAGUUCAGGGGCUUUUGCCCGACAUCUGUUCCAGCGCGGCGUAUGGUCUGCUUUCUCGUUGGUUUGGGGGCGACAUAUCUAGGUAGUCAACUCAAGGACGCG